GGAAGCCCCAACAGCACUCUCUCUGUAACAGCCGCAGCUGGCAGCCUCCGCGGGUGCACCAGGAAGCAGCAGGGAGGCUCUCUGGGCAUGCAGAGCAGCCGAGGACAGCAAUGGCAGCAAGUCCUGGUGCCAAGGCCCGCUCUGGUCAUGGGACCCUGUGAACGUGGCCAAGCUCUGUGCUUCCUGAGGAGGGACAUGGCGCCUCCAUGGGGAUGGGGGCUUUCUCUUUGGAUACUGGCCCCCAAAACUGAGGCUCUGAGGCUGGUGCUGUACCUCCUCCUCCUGGGACCCCACACCGCUGCUCUGCCCACAUGCACAGAGGAGGAGUACCCUGUGGGCACCCAGUGCUGCCCCAAGUGCAGCCCAGGGUCCUGGGUGCAGCGUGUCUGUUCCGCGUGUGCCCCCUGCCCCCCGGACACCUACAUGCCCCACCACAAUGACCGGAGCGAGUGUCUGCAGUGCCACGCCUGUGACCCAGCCAGGGGCCUGGUCACCAGGAGGAGCUGCUCCAGCACAGAGAACACCGUGUGCGGCUGCAGCAAAGGCCACUUCUGUGACGCACAGGACGGGGACCACUGCAUCGUGUGCCGGCCCCACACCGUCUGCAGGCCUGGCCAGAGGGUGCUGGAGAGAGGCACCGAGAACCAGGACACGGUGUGUCAGGACUGCCCACCAGGGACCUUCUCUCUCAAUGGGACCCAGGAGGAAUGUCAGCCCUGGACCAGAGGUGCUUGAAAACUCAGACCAGAGAUCGCAUCCCUGAGCUGUGACCAGUGUUCAAACCUCUCUGGGUCCCUAUGAAUCAGAGCCUACCACUGAGUUCUGAGUGACUCUUGAGUGGAUCUCAAUGCCUGCCAUGGACUCCAAACUCCCUGCUCCUUUC